AAUAAAUUUCUGUAUCUUUCCUCAGGAAUACAGCUCAUAGUUGAUAUGAUAUUCAACCAUAAAGUGAUGACUUUUUGAGUUACGAAGAAGAAAUGUGUAUAUAAAUAGAGAUUUUUGAGGUGAAAGAGGCACACAUAUUCAUCCUUAAUUAUGGGAAAUUAUUAUCACAUUUCUACUCUUCUUCUCAUCAUCCAUCUACUUCUAUUAGUAGCUUCUUCAUAUCUGCUCACCACUUCUGUCGAAGCUCGUCUAACCAGGCGUAGCUUCCCCAAAGGCUUUCAAUUUGGAACUGCUUCAAGUGCUUACCAGUAUGAAGGAGCCACACAUGGGCAUGGCAGAGGAUCCAGUAUAUGGGACACCUUCACAAGAACACACCCAGAAAAGAUUGCGGAUCACAGCACUGGAGAUAUAGCUGAGGACUUUUACAAUCGCUUUAAGGAGGACAUAGCCUUGAUGAAAUACAUUGGUUAUGAUUCCUUUAGAUUUUCCAUCUCUUGGUCUAGACUACUACCAGGAGGGAAAAUAAGUAGAGGAGUGAAUCAAGAGGGUGUAAAGUUCUAUAACAAUCUCAUAGAUGAGUUGUUAUCUAAUGGUCUACAACCUUUGGUAACUUUGUUCCAUUGGGAUUUACCACAAACUCUUGAAGAUGAGUAUGGUGGAUUCUUAAGUCCCAAGAUUGUGAAUGAUUAUAGAGAUUAUGUGGAGUUUUGCUUCAAAGAAUUUGGGGAUAGGGUGAAGAAAUGGAUAACAUUUAAUGAGCCAAACAUGUUUGGAAUGGCCGGGUAUAGCAAUGGUACUAAUGCACCAGGUCGAUGCUCUAACUUCAUGGGAAAUUGCAGUGCUGGAAAUUCAGGAACUGAACCUUAUAUUGUGGUUCACCACAUCAUUCUUGCUCAUGCUGUUGCUGUAAAUCUCUAUAGACAAAAAUAUCAGGUGUCUCAAAAUGAAGUAAUUGGGAUAACAGUAAUGAGUCAUUGGAUGAUACCAAAAUUUGAAACAACAGAAAAUCUCUUGGCUACCUUUAGAGCUCUUGAUUUUUCAAUCGGAUGGAUUUUGGAUCCAAUCAUGAUGGGAGGAUACCCAAAGACCAUGCGAUUGUUAGUAAGAAAUCGAUUGCCCAAAUUUACUAAAGAAGAAUCUACCAUUAUAAAAGGGUCUGUGGACUUUGUUGGUUUAAACUAUUAUACAACAAUGUAUGUAGAAGACGCUUCUACUUACCCAACCACUCUCAAUCUUAGUUAUUCAACUGAUGCCCAUAUUAUAAUCUCUAGUGAAAAAAAUGGGAUUCUUAUUGGCCAACCGGAAAUCGAUUGCCCAAAUUUACUAAAGAAGAAUCUACCAUUAUAAGAGGGUCCAUAGACUUUGUUGGUUUAAAUUAUUAUACAGCAAGAUAUGUGGAAGAUGCUACUUAUCCAACUAUUCUCAACCUUAGCUAUUCAACUGAUGCCCGUGUUAUAACCUCUAGUAAGUUCUAUAACCUAAUCAAUUGUUUAAUUUGCUUAUACAAUAAUAUUAAAUAUUCUUUCUAUUUUCUUGUGUAAUUUUUUUUCUUUCUU